AGAAGGCUGUUAUCAUACAUCCACACGGUUAAUCAGCAACACUCGUAAAGAAGACUCCAGAACGUCGCGACCGCGCAGUUUUUCCACUUGACAUUUUCGGGUUGCAAAGAGUUUUGUGGUUGAAGAUGGCCAAAAGAGAGAGAACGCAUAUUAACCCAGAGCAGAGGGAGACCUUGAUAUCUUUUUUUCAGGAGGGAAUGAAGCAUGUGGGCUCACCAUUGAUAACAAGAGCUGCAUCAGCUAUGGGUUUGGACACCAGUGUCAUAGAAAACUGGAUCGGUAAUUACAAAAGAUCUCUAAUCUUAAAAGAUUCCUCAGAGCCCCGACCAUCAAAGGUCAAAGCUCAUAUCAGAGAGCUGUCACCUUAUAAUCUUUUUUGUAGAGAUGUAUUUAGAAAUAAAGGCACAAUGAAUGAUAUUAAGGGCAGGUGGGCCACGCUGGGAGAAGAUGAAAAGCAGAAAUACAUUGAAGAGGCAGCUGCACUGAGGGCACACGGGCAACCCCUUAGCCCUGAAAUGAGGGAUGCCCGAAUUAAAAUGCACCUUAAGAAGCUAAAGUUAGAGGUGUCCAAGCUUGAGGAAUUGGGUGUGGAAACAGCCAUUUUGUCUUUUGACCGCCAAAAAUCCAGCUUGGAGGUGUAUGAACUGAGCAGCAAAGGAGCCACUGAUUUCCUUGACUCAACAGGCACAGUAAACAACUUUGCACCGCAUUUCAAAGCCAGCUCCUCGGCCAUAACACCCAGUACCAAAGAUCAAGUCAGUGUACUGGUAGGAAAAGUGCAAGAUCUGUUCAACCAAAAAUACAAGGAGGCUGGGGGUACUGGAAGGCUCCCCUACCAGUCCCUGAUGAAUCAGGGCAUGACCAUAAAAGUUGCUGGACUGCCCAACAGCCUCACCCUCAGGAAGCCUUCCUUUUAUGGAAGAAACCAAUUGGAAGCCAUUUUGAAAGCUGCUGAGGGGAUUUCGUUUGAAAUAAAUGGAGCACAAUGCAACCCCACUAACAUGGCAGAGGGAACGUCAGAGCACAUGGCUGCAGAAGGUACACCGCAAUUAAAAGAGGAAUCCAUAGAAACACCUGUAGCUAUCAUGAUGACUGGAGAUAAAGGUGCACAGCAGAUGGAAGACGAAUCUUCAGAAACAGCCACUACUGUAGCCAUCAUGAUGACUGAAGAUACAGAUGGAGGCAUGCUGUGCUGUGUCUGCAGUGUCCACAAGAAGGAAAACGCCUCAAAGAAGUGGCGAUCUUGGUCACAGUGCACAAUGUGCCAGUCUUGGUCACACACUGCAUGUGGUUUUGAAAAGAACUUGUGCUUUCACUGCCAGUGUGAAAACGCCAUGCAAAGUUCCUAAACCACUGCAUCAGUGUUAGAAAACAUGCUGUUUUCUUGUUACUUGUUGUUGUUUACUGUAUUGACGGCCCCAACUCAUCUUUAUAAAACACCUGGGGCCUCAUGUAUCAACGCUGCGUACGCACAAAAACCUUGCGUACACCAGGUUUCACGCUCAGAAUCGCUCACGUUUGGAUUUACUAACAAUGAACUGAACGUGGGAAUGUGCGCAGGUUCACGGCAGCUUUAUUGCUGGCAUACGCACAUUUUUUGUGCGUGUCUGUUUUAUUUCCAUUGGCGACUCCUAGAGGCAGUUGUGUUAAAUUGCUCUCUACAAAGUGUCUGAGUCUUGCAAUGGCAGCUGUAUGAGACGGGUUCAGCAGGUAUAUAAGGUUUCCAUACCAUACAGUUGACCAGCUAAAUAUUAAAGCGCAAUUUGCAGCAGUCGCCUGUUUUCCCAAUGUAAUCUGAGCAAUCUACCGCACGCACAUUGCUAUAAAGACACUAUCUGAAGAUGAAUUUGCAUGCGUGAAUCAGAAACAUUUCCGUUCAAUAAAUGUGCAAAUAAAAUAUGAUGCUUAUUGAUAUGAACUUAUUGAUGAUUCCAACUUGUCUUUCUCGUGAUAAAUAGUUGGCAAAAUCUGAUAUGUAGCGGGGGAAAAAACAAGAAAGAGUUCAUCAGACGCUGGAUUCAAGCCGAGUUCAUGCUCGAACGUGUCUAUUCAUGAUCACAUGCGUCUAACGAGUAGCGCCACUGAAACUGUUAAGCGUCCUGCAACAUUUUACAGAUAUAAACCACACUAUGUCUUUUUUUUUUUAAUUCACUCGGUGCGAUGUUCAGACCCAACUGUGUUAACCGCUUCAGCUAAACUCUCCCACUCUAUUUUUUCUUUUGUUGUUAAUUCCGGAGAACAAACUUGCAAAUAACACCGCUUUUCUCCGGUCUACCUCCGAAAGCAGCACCUCCAAUUCACAUUCUGUUCAAAGUUUCUCUUUUUGCUUGCUUUUUCCGUUGGUUUUUCGUUGGGUUUUGCCAUUAGCAUAGUCAUUAGCAUAUUCAUACGGGGGAGGAGGCAGGGAGGGGUUUUGUGCUCGUGCAUGUUGCGCUCAGUUUCACGUUCAUUCAGAUGUACAAAAGAAUAUGCGUGAGAUUCGGCGUACGCAGUGUUUCAUACAUCUGAAAUUUUUUCUGCGUACGCACAUUUACAGCUUUGUGCGUACACAAUGUUUUAGUAAGAUUUCCACGCAAGUCUUCGUACAUGAGGCCCCAGGGCUUAUUUUGUGCUGGAACACACCGGAUCCUGAUCCGGCAUCUCCUCCAAUGUUCGCUGUUCAAUUUAACUUGUUUCCGUGACUCCCGACCCUUUUCAUUUUCGUCCGCAACAAACCCAUCAAUGCAACCCCCCUGGUCUUCACUUUUGUCUGCAACAACCCUACUCUAUUCAACGCCCCGCCAUUUUCCCCCACCCUCUUCACUUUCGUGCACCUCUACAUCCUCGGGUAACAUGUUGGAUCCAUUACCCCAAUCUGUUCCAGGAGCUCUCAAUUCACAAAUUAAGUCCGGCAAAACACACAAAAUACAUAUAUACACAUUUUUAAAUGUAAUUUUUUUAUCUUUUUCCAUUAAAAUAUACUUUAUAUGAAUCUUGCUGCAAAUUUAUUGUAAUGAUUACACAUGUAAGAAUAUAACUGUGAUCUUAUUCUUUUCAAUCAUCCUGAUUUCUUUUAUUUUUUGUUGUAUUUUGUCGAUGUGGUCCCCUUUAAUCUGGGCCCUGUGUGGAGCAAUAAAUUUAUAUUGUACUGAA